GUGUAUCGGCAAUUCGCCGAACUUUUCCGGGACGCCGUAACCCGAUGACACUGUCGUCGUCAUCGUCGUCAAUGCUUCUUCCGGAAGCCGGACGAUGUGCGUGCGAAGGGCCAGCAUCUUCCAUAUCAUCCAUUUUCAUUUGGUACAGAAACCUACCCCACCAAUCUGACGAAAGGAUUAUUGGAUUUGUGGAGCGAAAUGUGUGGCGGAUUUAGCUGUUCGAAGAAUGCGUUGAUUGCGCUGAAUGUCCUGUAUGUGUUGGUUGGUUUCCUACUGAUCGGGGUUGGGGUGUACGGUCGGGCUGCUUCGAUUGUAACCAACCUGCCAAUCAUCAGCGGCAUCCUUGUCUGCGGUGUCAUCCUUAUACUGAUAUCCGUGCUCGGUUUGAUUGGCGCGGUUAAGCACCACCAAGUGAUGCUGUUCUUCUACAUGAUCAUACUGUUCCUGCUGUUCCUGAUUCAGUUUUCGAUCGCCUGCAGCUGCCUAGCAGUUACCGCCGAGCGGCAGCGUCAGUUCGCCGAGCAGGGCUGGACAAUGGCGCCGAUGGAGAUUAAGAAGGAGGUCCAGGACAAGUUUCUGUGCUGCGGUUUCAACUCGACAACCACCGCCAACGGAGGGAAUGAUGAUGUUUCUUCCCAUCCUUCCUGCGAGCAGGUACAGCUAAAGUGUUGCCCGGCCAGUUGGCUAAAGAACUGCCAGUGUCCACCGUGUAGUAUCAUGCUCGAGAACAGCAUCGGCUACGCUUUCCGUUUGUCUGGCGGGAUCGGGCUGUUCUUCAGCCUAACCGAGAUAAUCGCUAUCUUCCUGGCGCGUCAUUACCGUAACCAGCAGGAUCCGUAUCACCUACCGGCACGUGCCAUCUUCCCACACAGUGACUAUGUUUACUAAAAGGCAUCGGAUGCAUCAUGUAAUUGUUACGAUAGGGCAGCUUUCAGAACGAAGGAGAGGAAUUUGAAAAAAAAACAAUAAUGUGAUAGGCUGAAGGGGGUGUUAGCGAUUUCGGCAUACAUUUGCAUGCUUUCCAAAGAGAUUAGCCAAACCUGCGGUAGCCUCGAGGUGAAGUGGUGUUAGUUCUACAGAGAUUCCCGGACACGAAAAGCACUACAAGACGGCUCGAUGUUCCAUUAGAGAAAAUUUCCCCAUCAAAUACUUAUGAAAUAUCUUUUAAAAUGACGUUGAAAAGUCGCAGUAGACAUCCGUUAAUGUUUUUAGACAUUUGUGCUCAGUGUGUAUUUUAAUUAGAAUGGCUAAAUUUGAGGCAAAUUCCGUUUAGGUAUUCCCGUCCCGAGCCGUUAUCUGAACAAUGGACUACAAAGAACACUCACUAUAACAUUAGGGAAUACCCCAUUGACAGAAGGUAUAUGCAACCGAAUCUGUUCACGCUUAACAGACCCGUUACCAGAACAAUUUCGGGUCUUUUAAACAAUAAUAGACCCGGUUGCAUACAUUUUGUCCAUACGGGUAUGAACCAUUUACCUCGUGCUGCCCGAACUACUGAUAGAUUUGUUCAACGUAUCCAACAACUUGCGUACCUUAUUUUAAGUCCUUUCGUGCUGCCAAUUAUUUUAGCGUAUACUUCGACGAGUGUGCAGAUUCUAGGUCAAUGAACGAUAGCAAGGGAAGACGGUGGCUUAUAUUGUAAAGAGAAAGGAAGGUACGCGAGACAAUUGAGUAGCUAUGGUGAUCAUAAACAGCGUAGAAGGUGACUAAUAGAGCAGCUCCAUCGAAUUUUCAAAGCCCUUCCCACUAGCUUCAUCUCUCAGCUAUAGCUCACAGGGUAAAAUUGAGGUAUACUGUAUAAAAAAACCUAUGUACGGCCAAGGCGACCAAAAACAAAAUACUCUUACCUGUAAAAAUAUGUGCUUGAUACCCCUGGUCUGUUAGCAGUACGCCCGCGAGUGGCUAACUGUGCCUAAAGUCAUCACAAAAGGAUGUGGUUGUUAUGGAGUCAUUUUUUGUAGCAAUUAUUAUUAGCCUAUUGCAUCAAGCCAAGUCGAAGGCAAAUCGUCUGCAUAGCGACUCAUACUAAGUUUGGCAAAACCAUUUGCUUCGCAAAAGGCGCUCUCGCUCGCGUUUUCCGCCAAAAACUACAACAUUUGGGAAACAGCAAGGACAGUAUAUUCUCAAUACUCCAUAGCAUAAAUGUUAACGCAUGUGUGUGUGUGUGUGUGUGUGGGUGUGUGAUUGUGUUUGUUGUAUGUGUGUUAAUCAUAAGCAAACCGUAUAGCCAAGCUUCUCGUGGUGAUUUAAGACAAAAUGACUGAAUAAAUACACUUUUUCCUUUUUAUUUUCAAUAA